AUGUCGGAGCCUGAGGAGGAGCUGCAGGGAGAGCAGGAAGACAGCACUAAGAAAAAGAAGAAAAAAGAGAAACGAAGCGGGAAGAAGAAGAAGGAGAGUGAGAAGCGGGGACAAGAAGAAGCGCAGCAGCAGGUGGAGGAGGAGGAAGAAGAGCACAGUGAGUGUGUUGUGCUGCGCGGGAUCUUCAAAGUGGGGAAGAAGAGUCACGACGUACUACUCACCCGAACCAGACUGACCUGGACCCCCAUCAUCCCUGAGACCCCCACAGGUGAGGCGUGCGUGCUGCAGCCAGGUGUGGUGCUGCUGCAGGACGUGUUUGCAGUGAAGGUGAAGCGGCGGCGAGCGGCGGGGCAGCAGUCAGGGGGAGCCGUGCUCGGUGUGGCUCUGUUCUGCUGCAAGAGGAGAGGGAGGAGGCUGGAGGAGGACACGCUACACCUCCACAAUGCUUCUGCCGAACACACACACACCUGGUACAACACCCUGAAGGAGCUGCUCACAGGGUUCAGCAGUCGUCCCAGGCAUCUGAAGGUGUUCAUCAACCCCAGCAGCCACAAGAAGGAGGCCGUUCACAUCUACAGAGAACACGUGGCUCCGCUUUUCAAGAUGGCAGACAUCCGCACUGACAUCACUGUGACAGAGAGGAAGGGCCAUGCUCUCUCAGUGAUGAAGGAAUGCAAGCUGGAUGAAUAUGAUGGGGUGGUGUGUGUUGGGGGGGACGGUUCGGUGGCGGAGCUGUGUCAUGCUUUGGUCCUCAGAGCUCAGCUGGAUGCAGACUCUCCAGAGAAGCCAGUGAAACCAGUGCUGCCACUGGGGAUCAUUCCUGCUGGCUCUACAGAUGUGGUUUCCUGUUCUGUUCAUGGAGUCAGAGAUCCAGUCACUGCAGCCCUCCACAUUGUCCUGGGUCACCAGCAGCAGGUGGACAUGUGCAGCUUCUCGUCUCUCGGUCAGUUGGUGCGUUUUGGUUUCUCCGCCAUGUUUGGCUUUGGCGGGCGGAGUCUAGCACGGGCCGAGAAGAAGAGGUGGAUGCCGUCAUCGCGGCGACGAGAGUACGCUCUGGUUAAGACGCUGGCUAGACUACGACCAGAGGACUGUCAGCUGUCUUUCCUACCAGUGAAGAAAUCAACCAGAAAUCUGUUUGAACAUCGAGACAAGGACCAGGAUCUGGACCAUGAUCCAGAGUUAGGGGAGGAGUCCUGGACGACCAAUCAGGGCCUGUAUCUGAGCGUCAGCAUCAUGUCCAUCCCUUGUCUGAGUCCACAUGCACCUCAAGGACUGGCUCCCAACACCAGUUUGGCAAAUGGCAGCGCUGCACUGAUUGCAGUGGGAAACACUUCCAGGUCAGAGUUCAUCAAACACCUGAAGAGAUACAGCAGCUCCAGCGGACAGUUCAGCUUCUCCUUUGUGGAGACGCAUGCCGUGUCAGCAGUGAGGAUCCGCCCCCGUUCAGUGACUGGCUGGUCGGAGGAGGACAGCGAGGAAGAGGGCGAUUCCAAAACAACCCCCAUCAUCCAAUCAGAGGGAACCGCCUUCCCUUGGAACAUCGAUGGGGAGCUGGUGGAAAUCGCCAAGGAAGUGCUUGUCAGGGUCCACCCGCGGCUCAUCACUCUGUACGGGGAGGAGGUGGAUGAGGCUGAGUCAACUGUCUCCUGCAGCUGCAUCUGA